AUGGCUACCCAGAGGAAGCACUUUGUGAAAGAUUUCAAUCCCCAUAUCACCUGUUGUAUCUGUAAAGGAUAUCUUAUCAAACCAACGACAGUAACUGAGUGCCUCCAUACUUGUAAGUAGGAUUAUGUGAGGCAUCUGUCUUUGGAACAAAAUGGUCUUUGCUCCAAUUAUUUAUUUUAUCUUAUUUACUACAUUUAUGCCCUGCCUUUCCCCCAAGGAGCUCAAGUCAACCUGCAUGGUUCUCUAUUUUAUCCUCACACAACAACUCUGCGAGGUAGAUUGUAAGAUAGUGACUGGGCUAAGGUCACUCAGUGUUUCAUGGCUGAGUGGGGUUUUGAACUUGGAUCUCACUGAUCCUAGUCCCACACUCCAGCCACUACACAACAUAAUUUUAAAACCAAGACAUAAAAGUUUAUGCAUCAUUAUACUAUUGCGUAAUAUACACAUCAUAGUAUCCAUAGCAUACACUUCAAAUAUUCAAACAGUAUCACUUACAGAAUAUAUCACAGUUAUUCCUUAAUACCAGAAAUUUCAAAUAGUUGAAGGAAGUUUAAAUAGUUGAGCUAUGCCUGUGACAAAAGUGUCACAGGGUACUGUGUUCUUUCUGGAGGUUGACAUAGUUUGGAUUCUAUAUUUUUUCUUAGAUCUACCGGUGCCUUCAACUUAAAAGAAGCAAAAAAAAAAAAAAGUUGUUUUAAAGAACUUUGUUCAGUAGUUACAUUUUGACAAGCCACGAAACUGCUGAAGUUUUUGCUAAAGACAAAAAUGUCAUGAAGUGGGACUGACAGGCCAAUCCUGUACAAGGUUUAAAUUCCCUUGAUGAGUAGUUUUAAUAAAAUGGUCCUAAUGGUCCUACAGAUUGAUAGGUAGCACCCAUAAACUUUUCAUUCUUGCAUUUAUGAGGCCUCCACUCAGAACGAAUUAAGUAGUGUCCUGAUUUACAUUCUAGGUCACCUUCCUGUGUAAGCAUGUUUGCCACAUGUAUACCAGUGUUUGUCACAGUAAAAAAAAAAGUGUAACUAAAGUGUUCUGCAGGUGCAUGAUUCACUUCUACUGUUAAAGCUAAAUGCUAUAGAAUGCCUGGAUGGAAAACUGCUUGGGAAUCAUAUGUUAGCCUCUCUGAGCUCCUAGGAGAAAGAGUGAUGGAUAAGUGUAAUAAAUAUUAAAGGGGUUUGUGUAUAUAUAAAUGUACAUGCACCACAUUCAUAUGUCAUGCUGAAUCAGUGGUGGAUUAUCUGUAGUCCACAUGUUGGAUUCAGAGUCCCAUCAGCCCUGCCCAGAACGGCUAAUGGUCAGGGAGAAUUAAUAUGUAGACUGACACAGGUUCCACAUACCUAGUUUAGCAUCACAUGCAGAACUAACAUGAGCAAGCCUAGGGUUCACAUAAUUUCCCAUCCAGUAUGGGUGGGAGAAUGACCAAAAACAUUUAUUUUCAGUUUCCCCCUGAUCUCUGUCUAUUGUUGUAUGCAAACCAAGAAUCAUGAUUAUAGCUGACUGAUCAGUUAAAAGGGAAAAAAGGCUUUGGAAGCCAUGCUUUGAAGUGGGCUUGUUGGAAAUUUGUUUGUUAUAACUCACAAUAUCUGGUUUGCAGGUGACGAUAAACUAAGAUUAGAAGAAACUGAAAGUAAACAUUAGCAGAGUUCUACUCCAAGGUACAUGGGAGAAGUCCAGGGCUCAUUUCAGGGCUCAUUCCAUGGUUUAGCAUGAUGUCCAAGUUGGGCCAUGGUGGACAUGUACCUGGAAGUUGCCAAUGGCAACUUCCCUGUACAUGUCUACUGCAAGUAUUUGGAGACUUAUUUCUCCCCUUUACACCUGGUGGUAUCCACUGAAGGGGCACAGAAGUUCAGAUACUGUGGGGGGUUUUCCUUAAUGUUGCUGUUGGCUGCCUUGAUGGAAGAGAAAAUGCUGAAUUAAAAUAUUUAAAUAAAUAAUGCAGGCACACGUGCAACAUAAAUCUGUCUCUUCCCCAAAUCCAGAAGCUUUGCUUUGUGUUUUCCCUAAAUUGGUAUGAUAAAUCUUGAUGGUUACUUUAAUUCAGUGUUGGGUAACCUGUGGCCCUCCAGAUGUUGGGACUGUGGCCAAUGGCCUGCGAUGGUGGGAGCUAUAGUUCAACAACAUCUGGGGAGUCUCAGUUCCCUGUCCUGGCUUUAAAUUUUUAAGUUAUUUUGAAAAGAAUCACAUUAAAAGAGAGCUCUGCAGCCUAUCUGAAUCUCCUUGCAUGCUCUGUGCAGAUGGAGCUCCUGGCUUCUGCUCUGAUUUGAAUUUUGAGAGCAGCUUGGCACAUGCAAAUCAGUUUAGAGAAGUCAGCAGAUUUUACCAGGUGUGCUGGAAAGAAAAUCCCAACACUAUAUGAAGAAGGCAGGAAGGAACUUGGGAUGCACUUGUGAUAGGUGUGGGCAUGCUCUUUUAAAUGAUAGCAUUCAGAAAUCAUUCAUCCAAUUUACAUUUUUUUCUAAUACCUAUUUCUUACUUGAUUUUGUAGUUUGUAAGAGUUGUAUUGUGCAGCACUUCGAAGAAAGCAAUGACUGUCCCAGAUGUGGCAAUCAAGUUCAUGAGACCAAUCCAUUAGAAAUGUUACGGUAAGAGGAUAUUAAAUACAAAUUAUUUCAGUGGAGAGAGUUUGUCUUAAAUUGCCUUUUGACGUGACUGGCUACCUAUAGGAAUAUAGAAAGCUGCCAUACCGAGUCUGAGCAUUGGUCCAUACAACUCAUUAUUGCAUCUAUGCUGAGUGGCAGUAAUUCUCCAAGCUUUCAGAUGGACCAGGAUGCAAUCCCAUGAUAAUAGUGUGUGUAAUCAUGUCUUUUUACCUUACCUGUCUGCCCGCUCCUCUGCUCCUAGCAGUGCAGAAUAAUUGUCUGUUAUGCAGUGCAGUGCAAUGACUUAUCAGUUCAGUUUCUUUCUUAAAAAAACAACAACUAACUGGUGCACAUAAAUGGCCUUUUAAACAAAAAAAAAUCGCAAGAACCUUAAAUGUCCUUGAGAUUAGGGAUAGGGUAGGAGAGAAUACAGAAAACUAACAUGUAGGGGGAUCAGACUACAUAAUCAUGGGCUUGGAAGAAAAUUAGGUGCCUGUUUGUAAUGGGGAAGCAAGUAGGGAAAUAUCCUUGGGAAAAUAAUGCCAGGAAAUCAUGGCUGUUUCUGCUUCUUUGCUCCCUUUUUCUUUUGCUGAAUCUGCAGGGUUUUUCACCUUCUUUCCUCCCCAACUGAGCUCUGCAAACCAGAAUCUUUGCAUUGUUAAGGAGGCAAAAAUGUGAUGAGCAAUUUAUCUUACUUUUCAAAUAUGACUGUAAAGAGUAUGAGUUGCUCGUGCGUAAGUUGCCGCCUCUCCUGGCUUUGUUGCCUUGUUAAACCUUUCAGUCUGGACAGCUCUUCACUUCGUGGCUGCCUCAGUCGCUAGCAGAAUCCGUCAGUGGGCGUUUCUUAAACCUUUUCCAACAUAAAAGUUGUUUGACACCCAGUCUCCUCCUACUCUCUCUGCGCGGAAGUCUUCUGCGCAGGGAGGGCGUGGGUAGCGGAGGACCCGUGCUCUCCCCGCUGGUGUCCGGUGAAGAGUCUGGGAGCCCUCUCGCUGAUUCCCCCAUCUGCCCCUCUUUAUUCCUGGUGUUGCGCUGAAUUGCUUCCCCAUCUGCUGAGCUGCCUCUCUCCCUGCUGGGCCCUUCUCCAGCAUCAUUUGAGAGCCUUCCCUCCGCCUCUAGCUCCGAUGUCAGUUCCCUGACAAUGACUAUUAGGGGAUACUUCUAUAGUGGGAGAAGAGGUUAAGAUGUAAAAAGAAAAAAAAAACUUCCCCAAACCAAGUGGUCAUACUGGAAAGUGGAUAUAUAAUGUGUUUUGUUGGUUUCAGUGGUUGAGUUGCAACACAGUUUAACUGCAACAGGAUCCAUGUCCUAGAUUUUACAGAUUUUUAAAGAGAUGCACAGAACUAUCUUUUGUUGUUAAAGAACAGGAAGCCCAGAUUUCCAGAACUAUUCUUAUUCUAAGUUGCAAGGUAGCAUUACUAUAUGUAGAGUUGUAAGAAACUAUAGGAAAAGACAUGUAUGCUGGAUCACACCAACAGCCUUCUCCCUUGGUCAGUACUGCCGCUACCUCCACUUCUUCUCUGGCAGGAGAAAGUGAAUGACUUGGGUCAUGAAUGGCUACCUACAGGGAGCCUCUUCUGAAUGAUUUCAGUUCCCUUAUAAUCUGUUGCACAAGUUUCUUCUGAAACCACUGUAUCUGAGAUGCUUUCACAUCAGGCACUCAGUUGCAGGGAAUUAUUUUUAUUUCUUUCCAGUUGCAUGAGGUGGCGGCAGCAGAGAAGGAAGCAGGUGAGGCAGGACUAAUGGCUUGAACCAGCAUUGAAAUUAUUCUGUGCUCAUCUGUUAGUACAAUUGCAAAACUGUGCUCACAGACAGUACAGGUGAAAUAUCUGCUGUGUGUCCUCAUUUUGUUAUAUUUCAUGACUACCUUCACUUUUAAUGUUUAUUAGAAAUCCCAUUUCAGCACAAGUACAUCAAAACUGUAAUAAAAUAUAUAUAAUAUUAGUAACUGAGCAUGAAUACUAUCCAGUUCAUAACAGUCAAUGGCAGUUAAUGCAACUUGUCUCUCUGUGGUUUGCUACUGGCUUAGGACAAAACUGGUCUAUUGGCUCUGUACUGGUAAAUGGACAGGAGAAUCAGUAGAUUUUUAUGGACUGCCUUUUUCCAGAAGAGUUUUGCAAUCUGAUCUGUUUGAGGGGAAAGUCUGCCCAUUAGAUCAGUCAGCUGCUCACAGGGACCAAUCCUGAAGCUUCUCAUACGACCCUGCAUCCCUUUAAUUCCCCACUUACGCAGGGGUUAUAUUCCGGCACCCCAUGCACACAAGUGGGCAUUACAUAAGUGGGGAGCACCCUCUAAACACCCUUUAAAUGCCCUUUCUGCCAGUCUCUCUCCAAUCCAGAUCAAAAGUACUGCUUCUGGCUGGGGCCUGGAGGACGUGGGGAAAACUGGCGAUGGCUGCUGUGCUACCACAUACAUCAGCUGUUAGGCGGGGAGGCUGAACAGCCUAAACCUAAAUUACAGGACUGUGACCAUGUUAUUUUUAGGGGAAGUUUGCAGACAAAUUUUAAAGGGGCAAAUAAAGUCCCUUUAGCAUUAUGGGACAAUGAGCCAAACUACACAUUUUACUGUUGUGUGUAGUUUUUGCUUUCUACGGAGUACUGCCAUGGAGGCUUCUCUCUCUGAGGACAUAGAGAAUUUUUAUACUUUUCUUCUCUGGAGAUCUUUCUUCUGAAAACUGUAAUAUCUAGAUGCCUCCCCCCGAUAUACACACACAUACCAGAGAAAAGAUUUUGAUACAUUUAGUGGACAAAGAAAAAAAUGGUACCCUAUUCCCCCUACAUUCUUUUCCAUUUGUCUGUCAAUAUUUUUUGGCUCCAUACAUUCUCAAUAAAACUGCAACUAGUGGUAGAACUUCCAACAGAGGUUGAUUAGAAGGAGGCAAGGCCAGGCAUUCUGUGGGUAGUCUUCUCUGUAGGAAGGCACUUUGGGAUCACAGACAAUGUUUAAAUAUGUCUGUAUAGUUGUUUGGGGAAUUUGUAGCUUAAAUAAUUGUUGCCAAAAACAGUGUCCUGAAAGUUUUGUUCCUCGUUUCCUUUCAAGUUCUACAAUGCAUGUUUAUAAAAUCUGUUAUCAGCUAGCUUAAAAAAAAAAAAGAUAACUUUUUUAAAGACGUCAAGAAGACUUGUUUUCUUUCUGUUUAUCUCUCUUCAGGCUGGAUAACACAUUAGAGGAAAUUAUAUUUAAGUUGGUCCCAGGGCUUCGAGAACGUAAGUUUCCCCCUCUUCAUUUGGUUGCUUGCUUUCUUUUCUUUGCAAUCCUGUUGAUAUUCCAGCAUAACUGAACUGAAAUAUCAUGCUCCUUUUUUUGUUGUGAACUAGAGGAACUAUACCGUGAGACUGAAUUCUGGAAGAAAAACAAACCUCAAGAAAAUGGAGAUGGUAAUUACAUCCUUGAUUUUUUUUAAGUAACGUUUUGAUAAGAUCCAGUGUAUUUUAAUUUCAGACGUCAAAAGCUGCAUGAGAGUCAGUGCUCACAAAACUAUACCUGUAUGUUCAGCUGUUGCUUUUUCCCUUGGAGUUAACUCUUGCAGCUAUUAGUUACAUGGCUUAUUUAUACACAUCAUACGGUAAAAUGCUUAGCUUCUAGAGUUGGUUGUCUACAUAGUUGUGCAUAUAGAGAAUAUAUGUUAUGCUGUUUCUAAUGUUUUUUAUCCAGUUAUACCUCCUAGGAGCAUUCUUGUGCAUCUGAAAUGUUUCACAUGGGCAUACAUAAGGAAAGGAUUUGGGCUUUUGUUUUUUUGUCAAAAUCUGUAAUCUGAAAAAAGAGAAAUAGAAUUGGGUGUUAUUGUCAUCAGCAUACUGAUGGCACCUCCCUCCCAAACCCAAAAAACCUCCCAUAGCAGUCUUGUGAAGAUAUUGAACAGCAGAAUAGAUAAAAUAGACCUAUUCGUGACUGCAUGUGCAACUGCCACCACACAAAGAAGGAACACUCAGCACCACCACAUUGAGUUAUGCCUCACUGGUUUCAGUACAUCUUACUGCUUACUAAGCAUACUGUGGAUUUCAUUCUUAGUCCAUUUGUUUGAAGGUUGUGGAAUAUGUGUAAAUGGUACGUUUUAUUUCAUUUUAUUUAUGCAGAAGAAAAUCCAAAAUCUGAAGAUCCCAAAGAUGAUGAAGAUGGAGAUGAAAAUCAAGAUGAUAAAGACUAUCACAGGAGUGACCCACAGAUUGCUAUUUGUCUGGAUUGUUUACGUAACAAUGGGCAGUCCGGGGAUAAUGUAGUAAAAGUAAGUUUUGAUAAUAUUUUUGUUUCUUAAAUAACUCGAGCAGUAUAUGAACCCUUUUUAUCUUCAUGCUGUAAACAGCGUAGCUUUGUUGACAGUUGAAGAUUCUAAUUUCCUGCAACUAUAUCAUUGUGUGCAACCUCUAUUUCAUGAGCAGUGAGAGGUGCCAAGGGUGCCUGCAUUUACCCAGGGUUCACUUUCCUUGGGAUGAAGGUCAGUAGAGACUGUGUUGUCUUUAGAAUACAUCGUUAACACCCAAACAGAUCUUGCUUCCCCAAGGGACGCCCAAAAGCCAGGGAAGCUCCAAGUCACCACUCUGAGUCCAGCACAGAGCAAAUAUGCUUCUGUGUCUCCAGCUUCCAGCAUCAGCAUCACAUACACGGCCCUCCUUGGCCCAUUCUUCUCCAUCCUAGGAUGGCAAGGCAUCCAGCCAGGUGAGGUGGGGGGGAGUCCAUCCAUUUGUCUCUAUGGCAACAGAGAUCAUUCUUUAAGUUGCCAGGGACAGUGACCUUGACAAAAGUCUGACCAGUUCAGCAACCUUUUCUAGUAGAUUUAAAGCCUCCUUGAUACAGGAGCACAGGCUUGGAGGGACCCAGGGUAUCAUCCAGACUGACCCACAAACCUAUAAUAUUCUUUUUCAAAACUAGGAAGGCUGAACCCUUCCCCUGCUUUUGCUUUGGAACACCUGUACCCAGGUUGCCCCCCACCCCCAUGGGCUCAUUUUCAGUCACUGAGUCUUGUUAGAAUACAUAAAACAGCAGGGGAAGUUUCACACCCUGUUGCCUAUCGCCACUUCUCCACUUGAAAUCAGCCUGCUACUUUCCCAUAUAGCGGCAGUCGAAAAUAUAGGCAGAUAUGUUGUUUGGUCUUCAAAUGUCAGUGUUUUAUUUAAAACAUUUCUUACCUGCCCUUCAUUGCAAAUGCCAUUCCAUUUCACUGCAAAUUAAAACAAAUUGAGACACAUUAUACAAGUACUAAAAAUAGAGUAGUUAAAACCAGCCAACUAAAAUAAACAUCAGUACUAACAAUGAAGUCCACUAAGAGCCUGGGCAAAUAACCAGGUUUUCAGCUGCUGUUGAAAGGUUAAAAGAGUGGAUGCCAAUUGUAUCUCACAAGGAAAGUGUUCUAUGUAUAAAAGUUCUGUUACACCUGUGAGCCUACCUUUAUAAGAGCUGGCAUGCUGCCCUAAAACAACACUGCUAUAACAAAAAUGCUAAGUAGAGUAGCUUUUGUGUUGUCACUGAAAGUUUGUCAAAUGAAGCUAACCUAAGGCUUCCAAAUUCUAAAUGUGUUCUACCACUUAGCUGUAGUACUUUCUCAUCCUAUGAAUGAUCAAGCAGGUUUGUCUGUUUUUCAUUGGGUUUCAUUUUGGAACCCAACAAAGACUGAAAUGUGUAUUCAAAUUUAUAGUUUUUUGUCUUCUUUCCUUUAGGGACUGAUGAAGAAAUUCAUCCGGUGUUCUACGCGAGUUACUGUAGGGACUAUCAAGAAGUUUCUAAGUUUAAAAUUAAAGCUUCCAAGUUCUUAUGAGGUAUGAUAGACAACAAGCCAAAGAUUUUACACUCCUUCCUGUGAUUAAGUUAAAUGGACAUAUCAUGUCAGGCUUCAGAUGUACAAAUAUUGUUUGGCUUUAACGUCAAACAUGCACUGCAAUAUCAAUAAGCCAACCCUUUCCAAAUUUACUAAGAUGCCGGUCACACUGAGUUCAGUGUACUCCAGUGUAAGUGUGCAUGGGAUUGCAGUUUUAGUGUCAUAAUCGAGGGUAAAGCCUAUCUUUUACUGAGGAUUAUUAUUCACUGAGAAAUCAGCAUUAAUGGGACCCCAGUGAAAAAUGCUACUAACUGCAUUUCCUCAGUGAAAGUGUUACUUCAUCUGAAAUGGUAUUUGUUCCUAACUCUGAGAUAUAGAUGGGUGUUAUUACAAUGAAACAGGAAGUUUUGUCUCACUCAGACAAUGAGACAUUAAUAAUCCAGCCUUCACCUCUAACUGGUGAAAGCAGCUGUAGGAGUAAGGCAGGUUCUAUAACCAUAAAUGCCAACAAAUUGAGCAUUGGCAUUUUUGGCCAUAAAUAGUGAUUUGAAGAGGGAACAUAGCACUACGGAUACAGCACAUGGCUGCAUUCAUUAAGUUCCAAGUUCAGUUUCUGCCAUCUCCAGUUUGUUUUUCUAAGAUCACGUGGAAGGCCUUGGCCUAAAACUGUGGAGAACUGUUGCAUAUUUAUGCUGCCCAUGGUGGACCAGAUGGACAAAUACUGUAGCUUGGUAUAAGGCAGUUUCCUGUACUUGUAUGCUAAAUAAUUCUUUACCUUCCUUUAUGAUCAGACUGGCUGUCCCCCCCCCCUUAAGCAGCAUAUGCAAAUUUAUUUGUACAUUCUCCACCUUACUUUUUUAAAAAAUCACAAUCAUGUAGCUUUCCUAUGCUCACUAAAAGCCCUUUACUAAUCUGAUAAUGGAAUCAAAUGGACUCCCAAGUAAAUCAUGGUUUUAAAACACUGCAGUUUGAUGUGCCGGAAUCCAAGCUGCUUUUCUAGUUUGUCUCAUUGUAGGUGGCAUGUAUAGAUGCUGGGUCUUCUGUCUGGAGUGAAAGUGAAAAUACAUGUGGACUUGUAAAAAAAGAUCUUUCUGGAUCAGGGCCAUUUCGUUUGUAUUUUGUUCAGUUAAACAAUGAUCAACAAUGUUGCACUAGGAUAAUGUGUUCUCAUUUAUACUCCCUAUCAUUUCCUCUAAUCAGUUUCCUAAAACUGAUUAGUAUAUAACAUUGCAAGAAUUUAAAGGAAAUUGGCGUUUUUAUGUUUGUGUUUUUUACUCUUAAGGCUAUUUUAUGAUUUACAGUACUUCCCUUUUCCUUUUCUUUCUAAGCUGGAUGUACUAUGCAAUGGGGAGAUCAUGGGGAAAGAUCACACUAUGGAAUUCAUCUAUAUGACAAGAUGGAGACUACGAGGCGAAAAUGUAAAUAAAAUUAGAAAUAACUCUAAUAAUUUAUUUUGUGUAUAUAUAGCUUAUUUGCUAUCUUAAGUUUCUAAAUUUAUGUUUAAAAGCCUCAACAGGACUUGUUAAUAGCUAUUUUAAAAUGCAUUGCUGGCUUCCAAUAGUCCAUGAUUUCCCAAAUUUUAUGAUACGGUGGCAAGAUAACUGAUGAUUAUUCCAAACCAGCACCACCUUGGCUGCUUUGGCACAGAGUGUAAACAAAGAAACCAGCUGGCAGUAGCUACUUCUUACUGGGAACUAAGAUAAAAAUUAAGUCAUGGAGUCCAGGGAGAAGGGAGCCUUGCAGCCUAGGAAUGUAUUUGUCAGUGAAAAGUACAGAAAACAAAGCUUCUUGGUGCCAAGUGGUUACAAAAAACAAAAGAGAAAUAGAUCUGGGGAAAUUGGGAAGGUGCUUGAACAUUUAUCAUAAAGAGAUCUAGUAGUUAGCUGCCUCAGGAGUAGCAGCUUCCUCACAAAGUACCAUUUCAAAAAGAUGAGCACUUGACAUGGGUACCAUUAGUACCAUCUAUUAUUUUAUUCUGAGCAAUGACUCAGACAGGCUGAGAAAUGAUUAAAUGCAAGAAUAUUUAAGGACUUUCAGAUUUGGAAAGGAAUUGACUUGCAUUGCUAAAAGUGAUGACUUCAGAAAGAUAAUUUAAUUUUUUAAAUCCCUGGUUAUGUGUUGCAAUCAUUUAUGUAGAUAGAAAUCGUCCUUUAGACUAGUAGCACUUUUAAAACAUGGCUUAUACUAGUUUAAUGCUUAGUAUGAGCAGAUAGGAGCUUGCACAAUACAUCUUUCCCUUUCUCUUUUCCUUGCAGUGCCCCUACAGAACACUGGAGCUGUAAAUAGCUGCAUAAGUGGAGGGGAGGGAUGCACAAUAUCAGAUUAGAAAAACUUGCACCAUGGAGAUGCUUUUGGGGAGGAGCAGAGGAAGGGAAAUGUCCAUUGCAUGAGCUUGUGAUGCACUCACACAGUGUUGUUUACAACCCUAUUCAUCUACUGAAUAUAAAAUAAUGGGUGGGGGGAUUAUAUAUUUUCCAUUCUAAGAGAAUUCUAGUCACAACUAAGAAACUAUUUGCAUAUCUUAUAGCCUUAGGUAGCCUUUUUUUAUUCCAGUUUGUGCCUUAAGCCCUCCAAGUUAAGUGGAAAGCACUUUCACUCAUUCAAGGAGAAAGUUCCUAAUUCCCUCUCGUUGCAUCUGCACCCUUUGCUGCACAAAUCCUCAAAAGAUUUGAGGAUCCUUCAAGAACACUCCCAACUCUCUGUAGGCAAUUCUGAAAGAGUGGGGAAGCUAUAGACCAGGAGGCAGGGAGAGGGAGCAGAAGGGCUUUUUAUUCCCCUUGUACAAUGGGGUCUUCAGACCAGUCCCUAGUAAUUUUCACCUUGCUCCCUUUCUAGUUCUUUUGAUUAUAAAAUGAAUAUGCCUACUAUUAAAAUUGGUCCAGUACAAGUUAUACGUUUUGCUGUUAAUCUCUGAUAGCAAUGCAAUACCUGUCUUAACUGUAAAAUAAUUAAAUUCUCAAAUGUGAAACAGAAUUAUAAAUGAGAUGACUGAUAAUCCAUGUCCAGUUGUGGAUGCCUCUUAUCUGAUCAGAAACUCGUCUCCUUCGCAGUUUCGGUGUCAGAACUGCUCAUCUUCGCAAGUCUGCUCACAGGAUGGCUCUUUUUAUCAGGUAAGAGGCACUCCCGACUGUACACAUUAUAGUCAUUAAGAUGACAUUAACACAACCAUUGUUAAUGAAGCCCAAUGGGUGGCGGGUGUCCUUUUAAUCCCAUAUAAGAAAGUCUCCCAAGACCAAAAUUAGCCUUGCAGGUCCUAAGCCUCAGGUGCUUUCAGAAGGUCAUGCAGAUUAAUUUUUUUAAUGCAUGUAAUAAUAUUUAUUCAUUAAUUUGUGAAAUUUAUAUCCUACUUUUCUUUUCGCAUACCCAAGGCACAUAUCAAAGAUAGAAAUAGUAUAAAACAGUGACACUAAGGCUAUAGUCCUAAGUCCUGAUUAGCACUGCUAUAGGACCUUAGAAUCCAUUGGGCAUUCCCACCCACUGACCUUUUCCUAUGGGGGUGCAGGGAGCUCCCCCAUCACAGAAGCCCCUGCUGCAGCUAUGGAUCUGCUGGAUCCUAAGCCAGUCCAGCUCCUGAAGAGAGACCCAGUCUGUUGUGCCAACCUGCAGCUGGUGCAGCCCAACAAAAGGGAAAGAAGUGAAUGACACUGCCCCUACCUCCUGCCCUGGCCAUUAUAAGUUAAAGAACAUUGAGGUGGCUCUGCCAUUCUGUUUACCCCACUGACCCCUGGCUAGAAUUAGGAUUACUUUGCUCAUAGAUAUAUAAACAUAAGUAUCCUAAGAAAACUUCAGAGAUAUGUUAUAACAAUUGAGGGCUGGCUUCUCCCUAUACUGCUGGCACUUGAUGUUGACUGGCUACCACAUAGAUGGAAGUUAAAAGGUAAUAUUUAGCUCCUCUAUCUGCUGUGGUUGUUGAUGCUUCCAGUACCAGCAGCCUUGGUGACUCCCUCUGAUGCUGUUUAAUUGUUUGUGUAUGAUUUAAACAUUUUUAAUUGUUAGGAUACGUGGAGACUAGGAGUGAAUGGUUCAUAGCCGUGUUUCAUUAAGAUAACUGGGAAAAGAACAAACACCUGUAUAUAUAGAGAGAGAGAGUUCAGUAGUGAGAUGAUAAUCAAAUUUCUGAUAAAAUAAUCCAUUUCCUUAGCUUUUUGUAAAAUAGUAAGCCAAAACGAUAGGCCAAAAUGUCACAAGGUGAUUUGCCCUCCUAUAGCCCUGCUUGCUCAAGUUAUGUUACAUGUAACUAAAGCUGCAUUCUCAUGCAGCAAUGGGAUGAUCCCUGAAUUGCCUGAAAACAGGGCUGGCGCGUCCCGUUUUGCCGCCAGAGGCAAAAGGGGAAGUGCUGCUACUGCUCUGCCAGCCCCACCCCCUCUGCUGCUGGAAGAGAAGUGGUGUUGGCACCAGCACUGAUUUCUGUUGAGAUUUCACUGAAGUCUCACAAGAUCUCACCAGAAAUCUUGGGGGCGCUGCCUCAGGGACUUUUACCACCCAAGGUGGCUGCUUCACCCUGCCCUACUGGUGAGCCGGGCCUGCCUUUCACCACCCAAGAUGGUGUUUGAUAGUUUAAUUUAUGUUAAUAGUUUAUUUAGCUGAUUAGGACUUCAUGGGAUUUCAGCCUAAGAUUUCAAAGGUUUCCGUGCACUGCUCUGGUUUGCCAGAAGCGGCUUAGUCAUGCUGGCCACAUGACCCGGAAGCUGUACGCCGGCUCCCUCAGCCAAUAAAGCGAGAUGAGCGCCGCAACCCCAGAGUCGGUCACAAUUGGACCUAAUGGUCAGGGGUCCCUUUACCUUUUACCUUAUAUGUUAAGCUGAACUAUAGUGAGUGGCACAAGGGUCCUCAGUGUAUUUAGCUUCCUCUUGCUCUCUGGAACAUGUGAUGAAGCCCAGUAAGGCCCCAGCAGCAGAUUUGCCAGGUUCACUGCUUCAAAGCAGGCCUGAAUAAACAGACUGGAGAUGACAUUUGCAUAGGGGCUGCUUUGAAAAGCUAUACAGAGGGAAAUAAUGGGUUCAGAUUGGUCCAGAAAUUAGGCAAUGUAUUGUCUGAUUUGGGGAGAAAUACUUCAGCUCAUCUCCAAGGCAGUCUGACAUGACAUGGGAAGAGUUAGCCCAACUCUUGUUGUUUUAAUAUACAUAGCCCCUCCUUUUUGUUUUGCUUCUUUAACGUGUAUAAGUUGAUGAGUAAAAUAUUUUGAUACGUUUUAAAUAAUUCUACUGCAUAUGUGCUUAUGUCUACAUGCUGUCAUUGUUCUGUUUUCAUUGUGGUUCUAGUCUUACCCCAUGGUACUCCAGUAUCGACCCAGAAUUGACUUCGGUUAG